UACUCAGUUGCUCACGAGCAUCCGUCGACUGAUGAACAUGGUCCCCUGUACGUCGAACAGCGCGAGUGCCGUGCUCGCGAUGUGCCGUUACGCUCUCCUCUUCCUCGUGGUGGCAAUUGUGGCGCUCAGCAGGGCUGCCGACAACGCUGAGAGCGGUGGUCUCAAGGUGGAGAAGAUGUAUAUGCCGGAGGUAUGCGACGUCAGGUCGAAGAAGGGCGACCAGCUGACCAUGCACUACACCGGCACGCUCCAGGACGGCAGCAAGUUCGACUCAAGUUUGGAUAGAGAUCAACCGUUUACCUUCCAGCUUGGUGUAGGACAAGUUAUUAAAGGUUGGGAUCAAGGUCUCCUGGAUAUGUGCGUAGGCGAGAGGAGGAGACUGACGAUACCACCUGAGCUUGGAUACGGCGAAAAGGGUGCUGGAAAUGUUAUUCCUGGUGGUGCUACUCUUACGUUUGAAGUUGAGCUCAUGAAUAUUAGCGAUUCGCCCCCAACCGCCAAUGUCUUCAAGGAAAUCGAUGCCGACAAAGACAAUCAGUUGUCCCGCGAGGAGGUGAGAGCAAUGGUGAGCGAUUACCUGCGGAAACAGGUGAUAGAAGCCGAGCAGGCGGGCGCUAAUGAAAAUGAAGACGUGAAGAAGAUGCUGGCCGAUCACGAUAAGCUCGUCGAGGAGAUUUUCCAGCAUGAGGACAAGGACAAGAACGGCUUCAUCUCCCACGACGAGUUCAGUGGGCCGAAGCAUGACGAGCUCUGAAGUCUUCGUCCCUCACCGUCGCGUCUCCGAGCACCCGUCGUCGACGUCGUCGCCACCUCGGCCGUCGACGGCACCGACGCGCCCCGCGCCACCACGUGUUCACCUCUGUAUAAAAUCACCUCUUCGAGUCCCCUCUCGGGCAUUCCCGAAGGAUCCAGUGAUCGAUCGUCCCGAGUACACGCGUACUGCCCCGACUCGCAAGACCGGGCGAAUUUACCAGCAAACUUUUCUGAUACAGCGUCGCCGACACUGGCGACGGAGGGACACGAUCCUCGGGAAUCCCCGGCUCGUCGAGUCGUAUUCGUGUUCUCGAUCGCAGGAAACUUACAGGAGUAGGUGGACAUUUUGAUUAACAACGAAGUUCGAACAUCCGUGUAAAGUGCAGAAACCCGUUUUUUCAAAUAUUUAAGAAAAAGAACCUUUGGAAGUUUCGAGAAUUUGAUGGCCCUAAGUAGCUUGGAGAUUUUAUAUUUUCUCUAUCUAUAUUUUAUCUAUAUUUUUCAAUCCGGAUGUUCUAAAGAAUACGAUUCCACCCGUUCGGAAUAGAAAUCACGAUUACACCUCGCGAGCCCUCUUAUACGCACAGCAUGACUCGAGAAUCUGCAGAGGGAAUCUCGAUCGACUUCCGGCGUAAUUUCGCCACUCCAAAUCUUUUUUAUCCUAGCACAACUUAUUAGGGAGGAUCUGCAAUUUUUGCCGCUCAAUAAUAGCUUGUUUUAUUUACAUAUUACAUUACAAUCUUGUUUUAAAAAUCUUUAUAUCAGUAUAAUUACUUCUGCAGUUAUUUAAUUUCUAUAGAUAGUUCACGUUGAACAGAAUUAUAUUUUUUUUACCAAAUAAAAUUUCCGAUGAAACAAACCUUUCGUUGUUUGAUCAAUCGUGAAAGAUAUAUAUCCAAUCGAUAAUCUAAAGAUAGUUAGUUGUCUUCGUAUAACAUACAUUUUAUUUACAAAUAAAAAUUUUAUAUACGAAAAUUUCAUUUUUUUACUUUUUCGUUAUUUUCAAUCGUUCUAAAAGUCUGCAGAGUCGCAAUGAUUCAUGGCGAAAUUUUCGCGGAUAUUCCUAGGCAGGAAACAUUCCGGCGCAACGACGUCAUUGUACAUUUCAAUACGAUAUAACGAAAAAAAAAAGGAAAUACGCGAAUGUGUGCUCGAAUGACUGCACCGUAGUGGCGUGAAGUGAGAGGCUGUGUAUGUUUCGCGCUAUAUAUAUUAUAUAAAAAUAUAAAGAGAGAGAAAGAGAGAGAUUGUGAUGAUAGAGCGAGAUGAAGGUGUGACGAAAAGAGUGUUUUUUCUACAUGAUUAUAAAUGUUUAGCGUAACUAAAAAAAAAAACAAAAGCAUCGACGUGUACGGUGCUAAAAAUCACACGCAUUCUGUCCUACUCUCAAAAGCUUCCACCAAACCUACCCCAGUCAUAACGAUCCCUUGCUCGAGAGUCGCGCGCGCGCGAUAAUCACGUAGGAGACAAGAAGAGGAUGACGAAGAAAAAGAGGAAGAGGAAAUAUCCCGAGGAUGCGUAGUGGAGAUGAAUAUGGUCGCUCUUACGCGAGCAUCCCCCCCUAUCGUCGCAUUAUUACAUUUUAACUGAUACGUUUUUAUUACUACAUUAUAUUGUAUGUUGUUAAAGUUGGAUGAUGGUUAAUAAUAAAUCGUGUGUCUCGAGCACAGUUUGUUAUAUAA